UUUGGCUUUUAUGAGAUGUGCUCUCUGGGUUAGAGGCUCCUGGACACCGGGUCCUGGCCGAGGUGUCCCGGCCAGAGAGGCAAGCGAGGCGGAUCUGAGGGUCGGCGACGCCGCCUGGGUGACCGCGCCAGGGCCGGGUUAGGAGUCGCGGCUCGGCUCCCGAAGUCCGAUGGCGCCUGCCGCGCAGAGGGACCCAGCUCAGGGCACUGUGACUUUUGAAGAUGUGACCGUGUACUUCUCCUGGGAGGAAUGGGGUCUCCUUGGGGAGGCUCAGAAGCGGCUGUACCACGAUGUGAUGCUGGAGAAUUUAGCACUUAUAACCUCCCUAGGUUGCUGGUGUGGAGCAGAGGGUGCGGAGGCUCCCUUUCAGCAGAGUGCGUCUGUGCGAAGAGCGUCAGAGCGUAGGACUGCCACGGCCAGUUCUCCCCAGAAGGCGCAUCCCUGUGAGAUAUGUGGCCCGGUUUUGAGAGACAUUUUGCUCUUGGUUGGGCACCAGCAUCACAGGCAGAAGCUGCACGUCAAUGGGGCACGUGGGAAGCGAUCGCCGUUCACUGCGUACCUUCAGCAACACCAGCUGCAGCACAUCAGAGAGAAGUGCCUUAGAAGCAGUGUUGUCAGAGGCUCGGUCCUCAGCAGCUCCCAAUUCCAGAUACCCGAGAAGCCCGUUCCCUGCCGAAAGGUUGGGAAGGACUCCCUGGCUUGCUCAGGAAUCCUCCAGCAACAGGCCACGCAUACCGGAGAGAAAAGUGAGGCCUUCCACAGCGUAGCAAGCCGUUCCAGCUGGGGUGAACUCGUGAACGCUCUCAGCCACAAGCAGGCACGUGUCCAGCACCAGAGGGCCCUCAGUGGGAAACGCUGCUAUGUGUGCAGUGAAUGUGGGAAGUCGUUUAGCAUGAGCUACAGCCUCAGUGAUCAUUCGAGAAUUCACACUUCGGAGAAGCCUUAUACAUGUGGGGAAUGUGGGAAGGCCUACAGGCAAAGCUCUAGCCUCAUUACGCACCGGAGAGCUCACACUGGAGUGAGACCUCACCGAUGUGAUGAGUGUGGAAAGCUGUUCAGCAGGAAGUAUGACCUGUUUGUACAUCGGAGAGUUCACACUGGGGAAAGGCCUUAUCGGUGUGGUGAGUGUGGGAAAGCCUUUAGCCAUAGCUCCAGCCUUGUUACACACCAGAGGAUUCACACUGGAACAAGGCCUUAUGAGUGCAGCAAAUGUGGAAAAUCAUUUAGCCACAGCUCCAGCCUCAUUACACACCAGAGAGUUCACACUGGAACAAGGCCUUAUGAGUGUGGUGAGUGCGGGAAAUCCUUUAGCCAGAGCUGUCACCUUAUAAAACACCAGAGACUUCACACUGGAGAAGGGCCUUAUGAGUGCAGGGAUUGUGGGAAAUUCUUUGUCUAUAGCUCUCGUCUCUUCCAACACCGGCGAGUUCACACUGGAAUAACAUCUCAUGAGUGUGUUGAAUGUGGAAAAUUAUUCAGCAGGAAGUUUGACCUUGUUGUCCAUCGGAGAGUUCACACCGGAGAAAAGCCUUAUGAGUGUAGUGAAUGUGGGAAGUCUUUUAGCUGCAAGUCCUAUCUCAUUACACACUGGAAGAUUCACACUGGUGCGAGGCCUUACGCGUGUGGGGAGUGUGGGAAGUCCUUUACUCACAGCUCUACGCUCCUGCAGCACCAGAGAGUGCACACUGGAGAAAGGCCUCACGAGUGCAGCGAGUGUGGGAAAGCCUUCAGCCAGAGCUCCAGUCUCAUUCGGCAUCGGAGAAGUCACACCGGGGAAAGGCCUUACGAGUGCAGCGAGUGUGGGAAGGCCUUCAGCCAGAGCUCCAGUCUCAUUCGGCAUCGGAGAAGUCACAGCGGGGAAAGGCCUUACGAGUGCAGCGAGUGUGGGAAGGCCUUCAGUCACCACUCCAGUCUCAUUCGGCAUCGGAGAAGUCACAGCGGGGAAAGGCCUUACGAGUGCAGCGAGUGUGGGAAGGCCUUCAGUCACCACUCCAGUCUCAUUCGGCAUCGGAGAAGUCACAGCGGGGAAAGGCCUUACGAGUGCAGCGAGUGUGGGAAGGCCUUCAGUCACCACUCCAGUCUCAUUCGGCAUCGGAGAAGUCACAGCGGGGAAAGGCCUUACGAGUGCAGCGAGUGUGGGAAGGCCUUCAGUCACCACUCCAGUCUCAUUCGGCAUCGGAGAAGUCACACCGGGGAAAGGCCUUACGAGUGCAGCGAGUGUGGGAAGGCCUUCAGUCACCACUCCAGUCUCGUAAAACACCGACGCGUUCACUCUGGAGAAAGGCCUUUUGAGUGCGGCGAAUGUGGGAAGUGCUUCAGCCAGAGCUCCAACCUCAGUGACCACCGGAGAGUCCACAGUGGUGAGAGACCGUUUGAGUGCAGUGAAUGUGGGAAGUCCUUUACCUUCAGCUCUAACCUCCUGAAACACCAGAGUGUCCACAAGGGAUGGAUGCCUGAUUAACACAGGUAGGCCGCUAGGAACUGAACUAUGUCCCUGUAAAAUCCCUGUGUUUAAUCCCUGAUCUGUUAUGUGGUUGUAUGUAUAGUUAAGGACUUUAUGGAGGUAAUUAAGGUUAAAUGAGGUGUAAGGACGGGGACCCUAAUCCAAUAUGAUUGGUGUCCUAAAGAGAGAAAGAGACAGCAGAGGGCGCUCUAUAUGUGCACAGAGUAGAGGCCAUGUGACCACAUAGCAAUAAUGCAUGUGCAAGCCAGGCGGAGAGCCCUCACCAAAAGCUGACCAUACUCGUGUCCUGGCUCUGGAAUUUUACCAUCCAGAACUGUGAUAAAAUACAUUUUCUUGUUUUAAGCUGCUCAGUCUAUGAUAUUUUGUUAUGGCGGCCUGAGCUAAUAAUUAUUUUGGUUUAGGAGUGAGUAAAUAUGGACCGUGGCUGCAUCACAAUCACAUUUGAGGUACCCUAGAAAGACAGGGGAGAAAGAUCAUUUUCUCAGUGUGUGGAACCAGGAGCUGACCGACCAUUUUCUAUGGAAGAAUAAGUAUCUCACUAAGACUACAUGUGUCAGUUUCAUAUUAGCCAAUUUUCCAGUGUACGCUGAGUUUAGCUGACUACACUCUGUCAUUUAUCAGAAUGUCUUCUCUCCCACUGAGAUACAUCUGUUGGAAUUCUCAGAUAUUUUCCAGAUAUUCUUAAUGGAUAACUCCAUUCGUUAAUCAAUGAUGGUAUAAUUAAUAAUGGUAUAAUUUGCUCUCUGCACAACUGUUUUCCAGAGAUAAUCUUCAGGUCCUUUGCAGACACUGCUGCUGUCCAUAUGGGUGAAGCUACAGUCCAGUCAGUUCCUAGCAAGGAGGUGAGGUUGUGGAAUUCCAAACCUUUGUCCCAGGACUCACAUGCCCACAUUCUGCCUGUGCCUGAAUUUUGUCACCACAACCACUGCUCUGAUAGCAAGUGUGAAUUUGCUAAGUAAUCAUUAUUUUUAGAUAAGUGUCACAUUCUUAGAAGGAAUAGAGUAUAACCUAGGAUAUUCAGUAAUAUGUAGAAAAAUAGUUCUGGGAUUGGGACACAUAUUGAGAAAGAGGCCAAGAAUACUCUGAGGGACCUAGAGGUAUGAUGCCAACUCACCUCCUUGCUUUAGGACUGCGAAAAAUCUCCAUGUUUUUUCUUAGAUCUGUCUGGAUUAGUCUCCUUGUUAUUGACCAAAGGCACCGAAGCUCAGUGUCUGUUCUAACUUCCUCCCAAAUGGAGCAGUACAGCCGGCUACAGCUGUAGAGUGGACCCUGAGCAUCCCUAGCAAUUGUUGGUAUAUGCACUUGUUUGGUUACCUGUGAUCAUGAUUUUCAAAUGUGUUCAGAGUACUAGGCAUAAUUUACUAACAUGUCUCUGAUGAAAGCAGGAAUUAAAACUACCUGUCUGAUUUAGACAGACACCUUAGAAAAUUCAGUAGAGAUUCUUUGAUGCAAAAAGCAAAAUACUUAAGAAUAUAAAGGAAUUAUAAGCCCUCAAUGUUACUCUGUAUACAAUCAUAUUUUGUAUGUUCAUAGUAUCUUAAGUCUUAUUAACAUUUUACCCCCUUCUCUUUGGAAAGAUCUCAGGUAGCUCUGGAUCAGUAACAGGUGUCUGCUGUGACAUCUGUAAGUCAGAAAUGGCUUGUUCUAACAGACUGUAUUAUGACCACACAUGCUGAUGGAUAUUGCCUUGUCCUGUUUGUAGGAUACAAGAUGUUCCUGUGUUUAUUUGAAAGGCAGAGUUAUAAAGGCAGAGGGACAGAGAGAUCGUCCAUCGGCUGGUUCACUCCCCAAAUGGGCCAGGUGGAAGCCAGGAGCCAGGAGCCAAGAGCUUCAUCUGGGUCCCACGUGGGUUGCAGGGUGCCAAGUACCUGGGCCAUCUUCUGUUACUUUCCCAAGCACAUUAGCAGGACACUGGCAGUAUUGUAGCUUAACCCACUGCAUCAAAAUGCUGCCUGUCCCCCUCCCACCUUUUUCAUAGGUAGUUUUUAAAAAAGAUUUAUUUAGGGGAGGCCGGUGCCGUGGCUCACUAGGUUAAUCCUCUGCCUGCAGCGCCAGCAUCCCAUAUGGGUGCCGGUUCUAGUCCUAGUUGCUCCUCUUCCAGUCCAGCUCUCUGCUGUGGCCCGGGAAGGCAGUGGAGGAUGGCCCAGGUGCUUAGGCCCUGCACCCCAUGGAGACCAGGAGAAGCACCUGGCUCCUUGCUUCAGAUCGGUGCAGUGCCGGCUGUAGCAGCCAUUUGGGGAGUGAACCAAUGGAAGGAAGACCUUUCUCUCUGUCUCUCUCUCUCUCACUCUCACUCUACCUGUCAAAUAAAUAAAUAGAAAAGAAAAGAUUUAUUUAGGGGCUGACAUUGUGACAUAGUGGGCUAAGCCUUCGCCUGCAGCACUGGCAUCCCAUAUGGGCUCUGGUUUGUGUCUCAGCUGCUCCUCUUCUGAUCCAGCUCUCUGCUAUGGCCUGGGAAAGCAGAAGAAGAUGGCCCAAGUGCUUGGGCCCCUGCCACUCCCGUGGGAGACCUGGAAGAAGCUCCUGGCUCCUAGCUUCGGAUUGGCACAGCUCUGGCCAUUGUGGCCAUUUAGUGAGUGAACCAGUGGAUGGAAGACCUUUCUCUUUGUCUCUCCCUCUUUCUGCCUGUAAUCUGCCUCUCAAAUAAAUAAAUAAUGAUCUUUAAAAAAAACCAAACUUUAUUUGAAAGGCAUAGUUACAGAGAAAGGGAGAGAUGAGAGAGCUCUUUUAUCCGCUAGUUCACUCCCCAAAUGGCCACUACGACCAGUACUGGACAGAUUGAAGUUAGGAGACUGGAAUUCCAUCCAGAUCUCCCAUAUGAGUGCAGGGGCCCAAGCAUUUGGGUCAUCCUCAGCUGCUUUCCCAGGCACAUCAGCAGGAAGCUGGAUCAGAAGUGGAGCAGAUGAGACUCGAACCAGCACUCAUAUGGGAUCCCAGCAUUGCAGGCAGUGGUGGCUUAACCUGCCGCAUCAUAUUGCCAUCCAAGCUUUUGUUAAUUCUUGUACCAGUUUGAUUUUUUUUUUUUUUUUUAGUUUUUGACAGGCAGAGUGGACAGUGAGAGAGAGAGACAGAGAGAAAGGUCUUCCUUUUCCAUUGGUUCACCCUCCAAUGGCCGCCGCGGCCGGUGUGCUUAUCCGAUGGCAGGAGCCAGGUGCUUUUCCUGGUCUCCCAUGUGGGUGCAGGGCCCAAGUACUUGGGCCAUCCUCCACUGCACUCCUGGGCCACAGCAGAGAGCUGGCCUGGAAGAGGGGCAACCGGGACAGAAUCCAGGGCCCCGACCGGGACUAGAACCCGGUGCCCCGACCAGGACUAGAACCCGCUGUGCCGGCGCUGCAAGGUGGAGGAUUAGCCUAUUGAGCCGCGGCGCCGGCCACCAGUUUGAUCUUUGUACUUGUUUAUAACUUAAAUUUUUAUAACAAAUUUAUUUGACACUUUUAUAUUGACUAUUUCUAUUUCAUUCCUUCACUCAAAAUCUUACUGUGCUGAAUUCAUCACUCUAAUUUUUUGGUAUUUUAUUAUACUACUAAAUUUAUUUUUUCAACUUUACGGAAUGAUGCACAAUUAAUAUAUGUGCUUAGAAUUAAUUUAUUCAUAUAUAUAUAUGUAUAUAUAUAUAUGUUAUAAUGUAUUUUCUCCAAGAAUCACUUAUUCUAUAAUUAAGACUUAGGGCACACUUAUCAUUUAUUCCAUUUUUCCAGAUAUAUUUUGUUUCGCCUUCAGAUAAACUGGAAAAUCUAAGUUUUUGCUUAUUUAACUGCUGAAUUCAUUCUCUUUAGAUUCUUUUUAAAGCAGUCUGAUUCAUGAUCAUGAAAUACAAAAUGACCAAAGCUAUUAGACUAUGUUAGUCUACACAUCAGGUUUUCUGUUUCCAUGGUCAGGUUUUUGGUACAUUAAGAGUAAUUUUGUUCUUUUCCUGAAAAUUUAAUCUAAGUUUUACUUAAGAAAAUUGAGUUAUUUAAUGUAAGUGUUGCAGAAUUGCUUUAAUAAAAAAGCAAUUUCACUGCAUCCUCAUUUGGAUCAUGAAUUAUCAUUCCAAACGGAUUUACAAUUACACAGUUUUAAAAGACAAUUCACUUGAGAGGCAUUUUAAGUGGUCAUAGCUCUGCAUUAGCUGUGCUCCCCAGAUAAUAGUGGACCACUUGACUAAAAGAUAUAGACAAGGUUUUCCACUUCUGAGAGAACAAUGAUACAAUCCAGAAUUUAAAAAAGAUCCUAACCCUGCUUGCUCCUCAGCCAUCUUUGUGGCUGUAAAGAACAUAAAUUUCUGGAUUCAUCAGGUUUAGGCCUCAAGUUGCUAUGAACGCACCAGGAACAAGUAGGUUCUGAAGGUGAUCAGACAAGGCAAAGUGAAAGUGGCGUCCUUGUCAACACUGCCUAGCUUUGAGGAAAUCCAAAUGGAGCACUCUGCGUGUCGGACAGAAGUGGGUCCCUCACGACCAUGGUAGUAACAGACUUGGGCCCAGCCUGUGGAAGACCCUGCACAGCGUUGGCACUGGCUACCAUGGAUCCAGCUGGUUCUGAUGCUAGUAGAAGCGUGCCAGAGUAGACUGAUUUUUCUUUAAUAAGAUUUCCCAGACUUUUUUUUAUAACAUCAGGUAUGUUUUUUAAAACACUAUUUUCAGUUUGUCUUCAGUUUUUUUUAAGUGUUUCUCAUAUAUCUAAUUCAUGGUUGGAAAAUCCAUUUUAUCCAGUCUGAGAUUUUUGUGCCUUUAAAAUAGUUUAAUGGUUUCUAUGUAGUAUACUUUUUGUAUUACUAAUUACUUUUCUUUUACUAAUUACUUUUGUAUUACUAAUUACUUUUACUUAUUUCAUAACAGAUGAGCAUACUUCAAAAAGGUCAUAGAAAAUGGAAUUAAAAUAAAAAUAAACUUGCCCUUAGUUCAGUUUUUCUUUCAGAGACUUUAAAAAUUAAAUCAGUUUGUAAACUUUUAAAGGUUUAUUUGAAUGGCAGAACGAGAGAGAGAGCGCGUGCGCGCGAGAGAAUCUCCCAUUCACUGGUUCACCCCCAAAUGCCUGUACUAUCUGAGUCUAGACCAGGUUAAAUCUGGAAACCUGGAACUCCAGGUCUCCCAUGUGGGUGGCAGAGACCCAUAUACUUGGACCAUUCCGGGAUGCACAUUGGUAGGAAGCUGGAUCAGAAUCUGAGCCAGGUCUUGCUCAGGACUUUGAUAUGGGAUGUGGGCAUUCCAAGAGGCAUCUUCGCUGCUGUACCACAAUGCCUGCCCCUCCACAACCUUUUUGAAGUACUGUUAUAGUGCUUUCCCCCUUUGUUCAUGGGAUGCACCAGUCUUUAUUUAAAAUUUGUACCUUUCUCUUUUUUUUCCUGACUUCUGGCUGUGUUGUGCAUGUAGUUUUUCAGUGUAACAGCAUGGAUUUCAACACCUAAGGGCUUGGGCUACUUCACUGAAAGAAAGAACUUGCCCUGAAAUGCUUAUUGCCAAAUGUGGGCACGAGUGUGUGUGUGUGUGUGUGUGUGUGUAUGUGUAUGUAUGUUUCUGUUACCUCUCUCUCUCUUUUCUUUUUUUGUUAAAGAUUUUAUUUAUUUAUUUAUUAGAAUUAGAGAGAGAAAGAAUUAGAAUUAAGAGAGAAAGAAACCUCUUCCAUGUGCUGGCUCACUCCCCAAAUGGCUGCAACAGCCAGGGCUGAGCCAAUUUGGAGCCAAGAUCCAGGAGGUACUUCCAGGUCUCCCACACGGAUGCAGUGGCCCAAGCACUUGGGCCAUCUUCCACUGCUUUCCCGGGCUGUAAGUGGGGAGCUGGCUCAGAAGAGGAGCAGCCAGGACAUGAACUGGUGCCCAUAUAGAUUACUGUACCACAGCGUCAGUGCUUGUAUCUUUCUAUUACAUGUCUUUUUGACAUAACUUGCAUAUUCAUAUAUAUCCCAGUAAUUUUGUCCUGUAUUUCAAAAUUUCACAUGCAUACAGAAGAUUGCAUAAAGCAUACAGGUGCAAUUUAAAACAUUUUGCAAAUUUACUGUUUAGGUAUUUCUCAGUCUCAUAAGUGGAAUAUUUAUAGCACCCCAGUUGCCCCCUGUUUUGAAACUACCCCGGCCACAAGUGCUAAGCAUUUUUCUUACAUUUUACAUAGGGUUCCCUGCUUUUCUUGAUAGCUAGGGAAUACUGAUAAGUGUAGUUUAGCUUUUCCUGUUUAGAAACGUGUAAGUGAAAUCAUGACAAGAAUUAUAUCUUUUGCUACCUUUGUACAAUAUUAAUUUGUGAUUUUCCCCAUAAUUUUGCACAUUUCAGAUUUAUUUACAUUUUUAUUUAUUAUACUUCAUGUGAUGAUUUGAAUAAACUGUAUUUAUGCAUUGAAUUUCCAAAGGCUCUUUUUGUUUCUUUCCCAAUGAUUUCUGGUAAUUGUAUUGGUAUUUAGUUAUUAUUUAUAUACAAUUAUAGAUUAUUCAACUAUCUUCUCAAAUAAAUACAUACAAUAAGAUAGGGUCAAUGACAGAUAUAAGUUCAUGGGCAUAAUUGGUGUCAUUUUCAAAAUAAAGCUAUAAAUCAACUUACAUAAAUUUUGGGAAACUUAGGUUGGAACUUUAUAUUUGACUCAAUUUCUGUGGAACAAAAAAAUUACAGUUUUGCAAAGUGAAAAAGCCCCAUUCAAGUCCUAGCUGCUUCACUUCCAGUCCAGCUCCCUGCUGAUGCUCCUGGGAAAGCAGCAGCAGAUGGCCCAAGUAUUUGGGUCCUGCACCCAUGUGAGAGACCUGGAUGAAGCUCCUGGCUCCUGGCUUCAGCCUGGCCCAGCCCUGGCUGUUGCGGCCAUUUGGGGAGUGAACCAGUGGAUGGAAGACCUCUAUCUCUCCUCGCCCCUCUCUGUAGCUCUGCCUUUCAAAUAAUUAAAAUAAAUCUUUCACAAAAAAAGAAAAAGGCCUAUUCAUAUUGAUAAUUGGGUUUUGAAACUAAGAAUCCCUUUUAUUUUCUUCAAAUGUGUUUCUGCUGUAGAGAAGUAACUCGCCUCUUCCAUUCUUGCCACAACUGCCGUAAAACUUGUCAGAACACAUGGAGCAACUCCCUUGGGUCCAGGACAGGAAGCAGCACAGGAUCCUCAUGCAGUCGCAAGCUCCUGUCCUGCUGGGGUUCUUGCCAAACCUGCAUGGGGAAGAGGUGCCUAGCCAGCAGAGGUGGAGGCAGGCAGUGGGGGUCGGAGCCAGUGGAGCCGGGUGGGGGGUGACAGGAGAUUCUGCAGCUGCAGUUUCACAGCCAUGAUUUGGGAGGCUACCAGAACCAUGGUGGUCUGAAGCCUCAGGCUGCUUCCCUGUUCCCCAGAGGCAGAGACCCUUAUGUCACAGGUAAGGUGCAGCCUGCUGUGGAAUUCUGUCAUCUUCCAUCAGGGCCAAUGUCUUCACCUCCUGUGUCAGGACCAUCUCUGGGACCCGACGUGGCCACACACCAGCAGAGAAGUUACUUUUAUCCUUGCUGCCUUCUGGACUCUUGAGGCACCCACACCUAACCCAGCCCUCAACCUACGUGACAGCAUGGCUCGGAGUCCCAAGGCCUGGAACAGCAUUGCCAUGUUCUCCCAAAUCAGUGCCAACAUUGACUGGUCACAGUUUUUGGCCCAGAGCACCCUGAGCAUGAAGGAACCAGCAUGGGAUGACCCCUGGUGCUGCCACAGAAUUUUCCAUGGCCUUAAGAAAAACUAGAAACCAAGGAGGAAUCAGAAGGUCCCGGCUUCUGCCUUCCUGCAACUGGCCAUCUUAGGAGCACACAGUGAGAUGCAAAUUAUCUAAAAAAAAAAAAAAAAAAAAGACAAUGUUAGGUCUACCAUGUAUGGAGGUAAGGAGGUAUGGGCUGUAAAAUGAGGAAGCAGCUGUGGAUGUCCAAGAUGUAUUGUUAAGUGAGAAAAGCAAAGUACAGAUCUGUAUACAAUGAAUGACUUUGUUACCAAGACAAUUUGCAUAUAAACAAAUUUAAACACAUGGACAUGCAGCCCAACAUACAUGUAAAUACAUAAUUGAAAAGAAAUUAUUUGAGAGGCAAAGAGAGUGUUUCCAUCCACUGGUUCAUUCCCCAAAUCCCCGCAGUGGAGUUGGGAAGUCAAUCCUGUUUCCAUGUGGGUAUUAGGGACCCAGUUACUUGAGCCAUUUUGCCUCAGAGGUUCUGCAUUAUCAGGAAGCUGGGGUCAGGAGCUGGAGCAAGGUAUUAAACCCAGUUGCUCCAAUAUGUAAAGAAGGAGUUUUAACUGCUAAGCUAAACAACUGCCUCAUGAGUAAACAAUUCUAAAAGAGUAGUACUGAACCAUAUUCUGAGCCUCAGUCUCUCUCUCUCUAACAAUCCUGGUUACUCCGUUAAGUGUUCAUAUUUAUUGGAAAAACAGAGUGAUGGAGUGGGAGUGAGCAAAAACCUGGUUACUCAAGAUCUAACUUUCCCUUGAUGCUGGCAUUGCUUAAUGUCCUCAAGAAUGAACAAGAAUUACAUUUUGGAGACAGACCUGAAUGACCCUUGUAGGCAAGUGCUUAUCUUAGUUCUGUCUUACAAAUCACUGCUGGGACUUCUCUGUGGUCUUAACAUUUUCACUGAUAGUCCUCAGAAAUCUUCUCCUACCACCUUUGAGUCACUUCAGAGUCAUUGUUAAUGACUUUCCAUUAGUUGCAUUUUCCAACUGCUUUUUUUUUUUAAUUUUGUUUUAUUUAUUUGAACAACAGAGUUACAGAGUGGCAGAGGCAGAGAGGGAGAGAGAGAGAUCUUCCAUCUGCUGGUUCACUCCCCAGAUGGCUGCAAUGGCCAGAGCGGAGCUGAUCCAAAGCCAGGAGCCAGGAGCUUUUUCCAGCUCUCCCACAUGGGUGCAGGGGCCCAAGGACUUGGACCAUCUUCUUUCUGCUGCUUUUCUAGGCCAUAGCAGAGAGCUGGAUCAGAAGUGGAGCAGCUGGGAUGCGAACUGGGGCCCAUAUGGGAUGCCGGCGCUGCAAACCCACUGUGCCACAACUGCUUUUCUGUAAUAGAAAAGAUUCAAUGCUUGCAGUUGUAAGAUAAAUGAUAAUCACCUUACAGCAAGAAACAAAAUUGAGGGAAGAUUGUGGAUACUUAGUCUUAGCUAAAAGGCCAAGAAAUGAUAAAGGCAGGCACUUGACAUAUCUCAGUGUCAAAACUCUUUGCUUUGGCUGCAUUGUGGAGCAGCGGGUUAACACCCUGGCCUGAAGCACUGGCAUCCCAUAUGGGCGCCGGUUCGAGAGCCGGCUGUCCCACUUCUGAUCCAGCCCUCUGCUGUGGCCUGGAAAAACAGUAGAAGAUGGCCCAAAUCCUUGGGCUCCUGCACUCAUGUGGGAGACCCGGAAGAAGCUCCUGGCUCCUGGCUUCGGAUCGGCCUAGCUCUGGCCAUCUGGGGAAUGAACCAGUGGGUGGAAGAUCUCUGUCUCUGCUUCUGCCUCUCUGUAACUCUGCUUUUCAAAUAAAUAAAUAAAUAAAUCUUAAAAAAAAGAAAAAAGGGCUGAUGCUGUGGCCAGUAGGUUAAGCCUCAGCCUGUGGUACUGGCAUCCCAUAUGGGUAUUGGUUCCUGUCCCGGCUGUUCCUCUUCUGAUCCAGCUCUCUUCUAUGGCCUGGGAAAGCAGCAGAAGAUGGCUCAAGUGCUUGGGCCCCGACCCCCAUGGAAGGCCUGAAAGAAGCUCCCGAUUUCAGAUCAGUCCAGUUCUGGCCGUUGUGGUCAUUUGGGGAGUGAACCAGCAGAUGGAAGAACUUUCUCUCUCUGUCUCCCUUUCUCUCUGUGUAACUCUGCCUCUCAAGUCAGUAAACAAAAUAUUGAAAAAAGAUGAUUCAGUAAGAAGUGUUAUAUGGAGAAAUGAGUUUGCUUUCUGGUAUUGGAAUAUAAAUACUGACAGAGAGAGGCAGUGGGGAUGUAUACUCAGAUUUCCUGAGUCAGGGUUCUGUGUGUUAUCUCUGUAAAUUUUGCUAAUUGAGGAGCUGCAAAGUUAGUUCACAGUGGCUUUUUAAAAAAUAUUUGGAAAUUUAUAUAUUAUGUGAAUGUGUGUGUGCCUUAUACUUCUGAAUUUGCAUGGUAUUUACAGUGAAAAUUUUGUAGGCACCUCUUAUGUCAAAUGAGUUAGAACAUGCACAUUAGCAAAAAACUCCACGUGCUCCUCAUUGCCAAGGAGGAUGGACCAAGUGAUCAAUAGUUUGUUAAUCCACUUACCAACACAUGGGCCAUUGGUAAAUCACAUAUGCCAGGAUAUAUACUUGAUGAUUUCACAUCUUAACUAUCUAAACUGAGUUAAUAAAUGGAAAAUUUGCCAGUAGGAAAGAAGGUUGUUUUGGCGUCUCCUUUAUUGUGAACAAUCUUAAGAUUCAGAGCUAUAUCAAUAGAGGACAGUCCCAUAGUCAGAAUUUUCCAUGUUUCAAUAUUUCUUAAUUCUUGACAUUUCCCUUACAGUGUCGUUGAGUGGAUUAUCCGUUAGAAAUAACUAAAUAGGCUCAGUGUCAUUGUCAAAAGGAUAUUGAGUAUAAUAAUACUAAAAAUGGUACAAAAAUAUAAAUUGUCCUAUAUAAGUUUUUUUUUAAAAGAUUUAUUCAUUUAUUCAAAAAGAGUGACUGAAAGGGAGAUGUGUGCACAAACACACACACACACACACACAGAGGGAGGGAGAGAGGGCAAGCAUACACACACUCUUUCAUUUCCUAUUUCACUCUCCAAAGCCCCACACUAGCCAGGACUCAGGCUGAAGCCAGAAACCAGGAACUCUAUAAGUAUGCAGGUGCAGGGGCCCAAGCACUUGGGUCAUCAUCCACUGCUUUCCUAGGUGCAUUAGCAGGAAGCUGGAUUAGAAGUGGAGCAUCCAGUACUUGAACCAGCACUCUGAUACACUUUGGCUAGUUUAUUUUGGCGCUUUAUCACUUUAUCCCACUUCUAUUGGGAACCAAGAGAGUUCUAGUUUGCUGAAAUGUAUUAAAGAAAAAAACAAACAGAACUACUUUAGUACUGUUAAUUCAGUUUUGAAACUCAGACUGCUCCUUAUUUCUUUCAAGUGCAUUGUAUGUUUUGACAAUAGUGGAGUAAUAGGAGUUUCCAACCUUAACCUCUACAAAAGCGCAUAGAAGGUACACAAAUCAUGAGGAACUGGUGUCAGCCCUCUGAUUACACAGAAAGGGCUGUCCCUCGUAGGGACAACAACAUAGCAGGUGAGGUCACAUCCUUGUUUCCUGUCAGGAGACUUUCCCACCUUCACAGAGAAGGGGAGCCAGGAAGGCUGAGGGUGAGUGUUACAUUGGUUAAAGUCCAGACUGAGGAGGUGGCAGGAAGUCCUGCCCUAUGUCGUAGGUGGCCUUCCCUGGGACGGGGCAAUCUGAACCUUCACAGCAGGCUGCCCAGCUCCCCUUUGCCACAGAUGCUUAUAUCUUCAUCAUUACGUGAGCGGUCAGGUGCAGACAGAUGGUAUCAACUACUGCAUCCCAGUCCCUUCCUUCAUGGGUGAUGUUUCUCUACCUGUUGAACCUGAGCAGUGCUAGAUCCCCAUGUUUGGUCCAUCUGCAUCCUGACUACAGAACAUGAUACAGCCAGGAUGAUGAGCUUCUCCCUGCUGCCUCCAGUGCUGCAAAGCAGGUGGAGAGGCCUAACCCAGUCAACGCACCGUAGGAAGGUUUUCGAUUGCCAUAUUUGGAAGGAAUUGGCAGUGUCUGAACUCAACAGUGGAGUUAUCUGGUUCUGGUUUUCAGUGUGGAGGGUACCAGUGAGCAGGCAGAUGGACAGGAAAGAGCCAUGGUGUUUCCAGAGAGUUUCCUGUGGUCUUGGAGGAGGGACCUUGGGCACCAAGGGCAGGACAGUACGCUGCGUAGGCUCCUGCACUUCAGGCGGCCAUUCUUGGUGCUUGAAUUUUUUUUUUUGUUUGUUUUUUUUUUGACAGGCAGAGUGGACAGUGAGAGAGAGAGACAGAGAGAAAGGUCUUCCUUUGCCGUUGGUUCACCCUCCAAUGGCCGCCAUGGCCGGCGUGCUGUGGCCGGCGCACCGCGCCGAUCCGAUGGCAGGAGCCAGGAGCCAGGUGCUUUUCCUGGUCUCCCAUGGGGUGCAGGGCCCAAGCACCUGGGCCAUCCUCCACUGCACUCCCGGGCCACAGCAGAGAGCUGGCCUGGAAGAGGGGCAACCGGGACAGAAUCCGGCGCCCCAACCGGGACUAGAACCCAGUGUGCCGGCGCCGCUAGGUGGAGGAUUAGCCUAGUGAGCCGCGGCGCCGGCUGGUGCUUGAAUAAAAUGAAAUGCAAAGCAAUUGAAAAUGGAGAUACGUUGUCAAGUGUAAAAGGAGCAAAUAGCUUUCAGUUGGCCAAAACAUUGUUAAGAAAGAAAAACAGCGCAGAUCUGUAUGCAAAGAAUGAUUUUAUUUUCACUGAGAAUAACAACUUGUAUAAAAACAUUUGAACAUAUGUGCAGAUACAAUUCUUCUUUAUUAAAAAUUUUAUUUAUUUGAGAGGUAGAGUUACAGACAACGACAGGGAGAGACAGUGACAAAGGUCUUCAAUCUGCUGGUUCACUCCCCAAAUGGCCACCACGGCUGGUGCUGGGCCAAUCCGAAGCCAGGAGCCAGGAGCUUCUUCUGGGUCUCCCACACAAGUGUAGGGGCCCAAGGACUUGGGCCAUCUUCUACUGCUUUCCCAGGCCACAGCAGAGAACUGAAUCCGAAGUGGAGCAGCCAGGACACGAACCAGCACCUAUCUGGGAUGCUGGCACCCCAGGUAGAGGAUUAACCUACUGCGCCACAGUGCCGGCCCCCAGAUAGAAUUCUAUGGAGAUAAUACUAUAAAUUAUUUCUACCAUUCUGGCAGUCGUGAAAGUUCUUUUCUGUUUCUGUCAUGCUGGUAUUGCCCGAGGCAUUCAAGAACGAACUAAGAAUCUUAUUUUGGAGAGAACACCAUCAGGGUGACCAUUCUAGUGCUGUGCAGAUCUUAAUUCUAUUUCUUCUCAGAUAUCACAUCUAAAAUUUCUUGAGGUCUUAACUUUCCUCACCAGCUACUGAUACGUCCAGAGCUAUUUCUGACACCACCCCGAAUUACUACAUACACAUUGUUAAUUUAUAUUUUACAAUUUUUCAUGGUAUAAUAUCAAAUUUUCAUGCAGAAUGUGUCCUGACAUCACAGGAGAAAUGACAGCCCCCAACAGUGAUUCAAACUCGUGGAUUUUAAGAUACUCUCGGGGUUUUCAUGUGGAGAGGGUCCUUUGAGUAUGUGCUCCUCUGUGAACACUGCAGUAUUGCCACUGCCAAAACACCACUUAUUUCAUUGUUCUGCUUUUGAGUCUGAUGUCACAUUCCUAAAAAGAAUAUGUUAGGCUAUCACAUUAGGGUACUAGGUGGGUGAAAGUGUUGCUCAAGUGUUUGGACACAAAGUGAACUCUGCAGGCAGGAUAGUUGUUUUCUGUGGGAACCACUGACAGAUUCAACUUCGAACUUCGGGCAGGCACACAUUGCUCCCUUAUCCUCCUUGUCAUGGUCUUACUGGAAUUUCUCUCUUGUUCCUGACCACACAUUCACAGACCACCACCACACUAAUGCUUCAGAGUGCACACAUUUGAAUUGUAACACGAUGUUCGUUAGAGGCAUUCUGUGUCUAAAAUGUCAAAAAUUCUGUGUCUAAAAUGCUUCCAGUAGAGGCAUUCUGUGUCUAAAAGACUAAAGCAUGAUACGUGCAUUUCGGAACAUCUGAAGUAUUUUUAGUGUCUGGGAGCAGGUUGAUUUUCCUGAAACCUGAAACACAAUGUUUCCAAAACAGGUGAUUGAACCAUUACAGGGUUCCACAGAAAUCUGAAUAUGGCUUCUAGGGGGAGCGGAGACCCUGCUCUACCUGGGGCCAAUCCCCUAGCAUUGCAGCUUGGCCUUUCCUCCUCGAGCUCUAGUGCAGAGUACCUUGAAAUCUGCGGGAACUACAUUACCCAGAAAGCUGUGUGUCGAAAGACAGCGAGCAGAGCCAAUGAAUGCUCCCGGAACAAAAGUCGCUUCCGCGUGUUAAGCUAACAUGAGGCGGGACUUCCGGGGUCCUCCUCCAAGGGGCCAUUUUUGUUGGUCAUAGGUGUGUAG